AUGGCGGCAGCGGCGGCGGAGGAGGACACGGAGCUGCGGGACCUGCUGGUGCAGACGCUGGAGAGCAGCGGGGUGCUCAAUAAGAUUAAGGCAGAGUUACGAGCAGCUGUGUUUUUGGCAUUAGAAGAACAAGAGAAAGUAGAGAACAAAGCACCACUGGUAAAUGAAAGCCUGAAGAGUUUUUUAGGUACAAAGGAUGGUCGUUUGGUAGCAGGUCUUGUUGCAGAAUUUCUGCGGUUUUUCAAUCUUGAUUUUACUUUAGCUGUUUUCCAGCCUGAGUCAAGCACACUAAAUGGCCUUGAUGGCCGAGAAAACUUAGCUCGAGAUUUGGGAAUUACAGAAGCAGAAGGUGUUGUGGGUGGUCCCCUGUUGUUGGAGGUUGUUAGGAAGUGUCAGCAGAAAAAGGCUUCAAGUGGUGGAGAAGUGGCUCCAGUUCUUAGUGACAGCCAGUGCCCCACAUCAAAAUCAUCUGAUGGACGGUCAAGUGCACACUCUAUACCAAAUAAGGCUGCUGAAAACACUCAGAGUGAUACAAGUGUCUCAUCAGGGGAAGCAAGCAAAAGAAGUAUUCAUUUUCUGCCUAAUGAAACAAAACUAGAUCCUCAACUAGAAAACAAAGACUUGAAUACCAAAGAAAAAAGUGAUCCAGUUGUGGAUGAAGAUGAUGUAGAGGGAGAUUCUUUCUUUGAUGACCCUGUACCCAAACCAGAAAGAACUUUCAGCUGGUCCCUAGACAUAAAUAGUGAUGCUGAUGACGGUGCUCUAUCUGUGAGAGAAGACAGGCAGAAGUCUUUGCAUGGGAAAACUGAGGCUAAUAAAGCAGGAGGUCUAGCAUCCCUUUCUGAUGCACCAGCUCUAAAAAGUGGGUUAAGCUCCCUGACUGGUGCACCUUUGCUAAAGGAGUCUGAUAAUUUGGAUAGAAACUCUGUUUUAAAAGACCUGCGGUUGGUGAAUGCAAAGCUGGGAUCACUAGAAUUAGGAAAUGGAGAUGAUGAUGAAUAUGUUGAUGACUUCAACAGUACGAGUCAUCGCUCGGAAAAAAGUGACAUCAGUAUUGGUGAAGAAAUAGACGAAAUUUCUGUGGGAACAGAAGGGUCAAAUGCCAGUGAUAAACUCGAAAGCAUCACACAAGACCUUACCAUUUCUCAGUUAAGUGACGUUGCAGAUUAUCUUGAAGAUGUGGCAUAAAAUUGGACAGCUAAAAUCUUUCAUUGUGCUGAACAAGAAGACUGCGGUGGACUAUUAAUUUCAGACAAUCACCUUUUGCUGGAAUGUCCACUCUCUAUUUGUGCCUUGUGUUUCAGAAAGACUGUAGGUGAAGAAGGAUUUUACAUAUUCUUAACAAGAACUAAAUGAAAGAGUGU